AUGGUAACGCCGCUUUCCAGCUUGAAGCCUAUCGGAAACAUUGUACUCAUCUGUUGCACCUUUUUCAUUAUAUUCGGCAUACUCGGAGUGCAGCUAUUCAAGGGAAUGAUGUUCCAUUGCGUGGGGCCGGAUAUAGCCAACGUCACCAAUAGAAGUGAUUGUCUGCGCGAUCCAAGGAACAAGUGGGUCAACCACCGUUACAACUUCGAUAACUUGGGCCAGGCGUUGAUGUCGCUAUUCGUUCUUUCUAGUAAAGACGGCUGGGUAUCGAUUAUGUACCAAGGAAUAGACGCAGUUGGUGUAGACCUGCAGCCGGUUGAGAAUUACAACGAAUGGAGGAUGAUUUACUUCAUCUCCUUUCUGCUUCUUGUGGGUUUCUUUGUCCUGAAUAUGUUCGUCGGUGUAGUCGUCGAAAAUUUUCACAAGUGUAAGGAAGCAUUAGAAAAGGAAAUGCGUGAGAAGGCACGAGAAAAACGCUUGCAAAGAAAACUCAAACGCCAAAAAUAUGAGGAGAGUAUGGCUGGCAGAAAAAAGAAGGUGAAGAAAAAUCAACCAUACUGGCAUAAUUACGGCACAACACGCAUGUUUCUGAAUGGAGUUGUCACAUCGAAAUAUUUUGACCUUGCUAUAGCGGCAGUAAUAGGCAUUAACGUAAUAUCCAUGGCUAUGGAAUUCUAUAUGAUGCCGCCAGGCCUGAAAUAUGUGCUGAAAGCCUUAAACUAUUUCUUUACUGCUGUUUUUACCCUUGAAGCAGCGAUGAAACUCGUGGCUCUUGGUGUGCGGAGGUGGAAUCGACUAGACAUGUUUAUUGUCUUUCUAUCCGUUGCUGGUAUAAUAUUUGAAGAGUUCGAAGCUCUUGAGCUACCCAUUAAUCCGACAAUUAUCCGAGUUAUGAGAGUGCUACGCAUUGCUCGAGGUUAAAGGGUGCAAUUUACUGAAAUUAUUCGUUUUAUAGUACUAAAGCUGCUCAAAAUGGCAAAAGGAAUCAGGUCUUUGUUGGACACUGUUGGUGAAGCACUUCCACAAGUUGGAAAUCUCGGGUCGCUGUUCUUCCUCCUCUUUUUCAUCUUCGCCGCUCUCGGCGUAGAAUUAUUCGGGAAGCUCGAAUGCUCCGAAGACCAUCCGUGUGACGGAUUGGGUGAACAUGCACACUUCAAAAACUUUGGCAUGGCUUUUCUUACUCUCUUCCGCAUAGCGACAGGUGACAAUUGGAAUGGGAUUAUGAAGGAUGCCUUGCGGGACGACUGUGACUCGACAGAUCAUUGUGAAACGAAUUGUUGCGUAGAUCCAAUCUUAGCACCUUGCUUCUUUGUGAUAUUUGUGCUAAUCUCGCAAUUUGUCCUUGUCAAUGUCGUCGUUGCCGUGCUGAUGAAGCAUUUGGAGGAAAGCAAUAAACGCGAUGCCGAUGACGCUCCCGAUGGCGGACAAGCGUCCGAUGUUGAGAAGGAGAAAGACACCGACGUCGAAGAUUGCACAGAAAAAGACGAAAAAGAGAUAUCAAUGAAUAUGCUUGAGCAAGAGUUGAUAGAAGUGGAGCAACGUAUCGAAGAGGAGAUGCGGCGUCGGGAGAGCACUUGUCGCACGGAUGCGGAACUUCAGCUUCUGUACGGGAGCAGCGACACUUGCAGAGAAGAAGAUGUCGAUUACGAAGAAAACAUGUCUGCAAAUCGUUCAGCCAGAGAUUUCGCA